AUGAGUGUGGAGAGUGAUGACAAGCGAAGCACACGCACACGCUCCAAGGGAAUCAGAGUUCCCACCGAGCUCGUUGGACAAGAGCUGAGCUGCCCCACCCCUGGAUGCCAUGGCUCUGGCCACAUCAGUGGGAGAUAUUCACGACACAGAAGUGUGCUGGGCUGCCCAUUAGCCAGGAAGAGACGUCUGGCGGAUGCUGAGGCAGAGCAGGAGCAGCCAUCUUCUAAAAGGAAGUCCCACCCUCUAAAGCUGGCCAUGGACGAGGGCUUCAGCGUGGACAGUGAUGGGAGCAGCGAGGACGAGGUGGAGGGGGAGGCCAGGGAGGAGGAAGAGGAGGAGAAGGAGAAGGAAGAGAAGACAGAGGAACAGCCACAGGCACAGCAGGAAGAAAAUAAAACAACAUGUAAAGCUGAGGAGGGGGAAUGGCCUAAGAGAGCGGACUACUCCAGCUACCAUCAGAUCCUAGCCAACUCUCUACUAUACCUGCGCGGAGUCCCCGACACCGCAGAGACCACCUCACAGGAGCCCGUUACCAUGGAGACAGAGAAGGAUAUCACAGCUGUGGAGCACGCCACUGUGGCAGUGGAACACCCACAGCAGGACAAGGCUGAGGAAGACGAGGAGGAGGAAGAGUAUGAAGAGGAGAGGAGAGAAGCAGAUCACCAGCCACAGGAGAUCCUGGAUGAAGAGGAGGAGGAAGAUGACAUUGAGGAGGUGGAUGAGAGAGUGCACCCUGUCGUCCUGCCCACCUCUACCUCCAUUAGCAGCAAUGCAGCAGCUCAGGGACCAGCCACACAGGGGGACAGAACUAGAGAGCACUACAUGCCCAAAAGGACCAGCCUCCUGGAGAACUACAAUUCCCACAGGACCAGCCCACGGGAUAACUACAACCCCCACAGGACCAGCCUCCUGGAGAACUACAACCCCCACAGGACCAGCCCACUGGAGAACUACAACCCCCAGAGGGCCAGCCCACUGGAGAACUACAAUCCCCACAGAGUCAGCCCCUUACAGCACUACAUCUCCCAUAAGGCCUCAGGAGCCUCUGACAUAAUCGAGGUGCGCUCAGAGGAUUCGGGGAAGGACUAUGAAGAUGGUGAUGAGGAGGAGGAAGAUGAUAGUUUGUCUCAGAGGUGGACGGAUGAGUCAGAGACGUAUGAUAUGACCCGGGGAAAUCUGGGGCUCCUGGAGCAGGCCAUCGCCCUGAAGGCAGAACAGGUGAAGGGGCCUCGCGACCUCCUCCUCCUCCGUCACCCCGCCGUCACCCCGGAGCUCCACCACCGCUACUUCAGCAUGGACGACCGGCCCAAACACCUGAACGCCAUGCGCAACAGCUGCUUCAGCAGCAAAGAGGGCAGCAGGCCAGAGAAGAGGGAGAUCAAAUGCCCCACCCCUGGCUGUGACGGGACUGGUCAUGUUACUGGACUCUACCCCCACCACCGCAGCCUGUCUGGUUGUCCACACAAGGACAGGAUCCCUCCUGAGAUCCUGGCCAUGCAUGAGAACGUGCUGAAGUGUCCAACUCCAGGCUGCACUGGACAGGGUCAUGUUAACAGCAACCGCAACACCCACCGCAGUUUGUCAGGAUGCCCCAUCGCAGCCGCAGAGAAGCUGUCCAAGAGCCUCAACCUUGACAAGCAGCAUCUCUCCCAGCCAGUCAGAGAGCACCUCAAAGAAAGUCCCAACAACAAUGACCGAGUCCUGAGGCCCAUGUGUUUUGUGAAGCAACUGGAGGUGCCUCAUUAUAGGCAGUACAGGCCCAACAUGAUACCCGCCACACCUCGUGCCAACCUGGCCAAGGAGCUGGAGAAGUACUCCAAGGUCUCCUUUGAUUAUGCAAGCUUCGACUGUCAGGUGUUUGGAAAGCGUGUGCUUGCAUCAAAUACACCGACCAGCGAAACCUCACCCAAAGCCUUCAAAUCUAAAGUCUCGUCCCCAAAGUCUUCUUCUCCCAGCCUCAGCCUGCAUGGAGGCUAUGGAAAGACUGCCUCGUCUUCUGCCUACGACUAUUCCCAUGAAGCCCAGGCAGCCCACAUGGCCGCUACAGCCAUCCUCAACCUGUCCACGCGCUGCUGGGAGAGGCCUGAGAACCUGAGCACCAAGCACCAGGACCUGGCUAGCAAG